UGUCAAUCAAAUCGAUGAAAUUUUAAUCAGAUUAGAUUACAGGAUGUGAUCAACUCAACAUUCCUUUAUUCACCGAUUCCGAGUUCAAAUCCUCAUUCGAUUGGACUUUUCUAGUCUGCGCGGGGAAUGUCUGUCAACGAGCUGUUAGCAUCGGUAAAUCCGAACGUGGAGAAGUCACGAGGACAUCUGGUCUUCUGGAUCUGAUAUGACAGCUCGCACGCACACAGCCGCAUCAAGCAUCACCGUGUUCCAAAUUCCGCUCCUGCCCGGUGCACACACUGCUAGCUGGCUGGCAAGGGGAUACCAAAAUUGCCACGAGAAUGCGAGCUGAUGCGCUAGUCUUCCACCAUCCCGUCUCCGCGGAGCAUCGGGCGACCGAAGAAGCCGGAACCGGACGGGGACGAUAAUGAAGUGUUCGGAGAGCUUCUUCGCGAUUCUGUACGUUGGCACACGGAGUUAACCCGCGCGGUGGGAUGUGGGAGGCCGUGUGACUCGGCGGCAUAUAUACAUAACAACAACGGCAACCCACACUCUCAUCCGUACUGUCAUCCCCGUCAGGCGACUCCUCCCCCAUGCAGAGCUCGCGUACGACCAGAUCCAGCGCCCGCAUCGCUAAUGCCUCUUCUGCGAGUGCUCGCCUCGUCAAAGCCCGUGAGCCAGAGGACGGAGACGACCAAGAACAGGUCGAAGUCGAUGUCCUGCCCGAGGCAGCGAGCACGUCCCAGUCUGGUGACGACGAAGAACGCGAGGAGGAGGACCCCGACAGCGGCGAGCCCGAGGUGGACGAGCCCGAGGAAUACGAGCUGGAAGAUGAGGAGGAUGAUGAGUUACAGCAGUCCCGAUCACCGUCGGUCAGAUCUCCAUCAGACAUGCUUUGGCUCUCCCCGACUCAUGCCCACGGUCUUAUCUCAGAUCUCCGUCACCCCGGUUAGAUCUCCCCUCAAGAUCAAGUUCAAGGUGCGGCCGCCCCCUGCGCUAGCCAGAGCGAAACGUCUACGAGCCCUGACACAAGUCCAAUCUGAAUCCGAGACGUCGGAAUCAGAAGAGGAAACACUCCAAAACUCACGUCUCACGAAACGCCAAGCCGCGCUCGCCAGGGCCCGUCACAAUGGUGGCAGUUCUCAAUCAUCAGGCGCUGAAGAAGACGGGGAGGAGGAUCAAAUCGAUCCAUCGUCUCAAAACAAGCGCAAGACCGUUCUCGACGCAACUGAGAUCGCACUCCGCAAAGAGGAGUCCGCUCGAAAGCGACGCAAUGUUACAGAGAAGAAGCUCCAGGACGAAAAGGCUGAAACUAUAAACCGUCUUCUCAAAAAGUCAGCUCGGCCCCGAGGCAAACGAGGUCCUGCAAUGGGGACCGCGCUGCCGACCCCCGUCGAGGCCGCGACGCCCAUGCUUAACUCGGACGGAGAGGCCGAGGGCGGGGAAGAUCCCAUGUUCGCGGUGGCGGAGGAUAUCUACACGCCGCCACCCAUGAUGUAUCGCUGGGUCUCCACGACCCGACCGCCGGCACCUUCCGACGCGGCGGCAAUGGAAGUCGACGGCGACGAAAAACACAUGUCUUUGUCAUUUGCUAUUCCUGGCGAUUUUCUGGCCGGGCUGGACCACCAACCAGGGACAGAGGGCGCUAUUUCAGCGGCUCCGUCCGCUCUUGCGCCGAUUUGUGGCGUCAGUGGCUGCGGACUUACCCGCAAAUACCGGUUGGUCGGCGGAGAAUGGGGUAGCGGCGCGUGCGGAAUGGACCAUCUCAAACUCCUUCAAGCCCAUUAGGAAGCAGAAUAUAUAUCCCAUGUCGUACGGGAAGUGUUGGAACAAUGGAUUUGCAUAUGCUAUGGUCCCGUUCACCUUCAAGGGCAUCGCUUAAUAAGAGGAUCAAUGCGGCGAGAACACUCGACCCCACGCUCGGUUUCUCCACUUGACGCCGCUUACCGGACACCCACUGUCGUCCUCCAACCAGCUGUGCAUUGGAGUUUGGCAUUUUCGAAUUUCAGUUCCCCGCCUCCAUAAUCAGGCAGUCAUCGAUCACUGCACCGUUCGUCGUGAGAAGUUUGACCUCAUCGUCCGCUGUUGCGCAGAGCAUACGUAUCCAGAAACAGCAUACGGAUUUCGGGACACCGCUCCAUCAAAAAUGCACACGGGGGCCAGGGACAUGGCGGCAUAUCAUCGCGAGGCUGAUUUAAAAACUCGUCUGGGAAACCGAAGCAUAUCGUGGGUUGCUUCCAUGCAAGGAGAAGUGCGUCAUUAUCAGGCUGUGCAUCCCAGCCUGUCGGAAGAGUCGUUACUCAUCGCAGAAUAAUGCCGAACAAGAUGGAAUUGACUACUAAAUCCUCUCGCUGGUUUUCGAAGCAGUCAACCUGAGAAAUCUGAUCAUGUGGAUCCACAGGUCCGUGAGGCGGAGAAAGUGGGUGGAAGUGGAAUGAAGAGUAUGAGCAUUCAAUCAGCUUCUGUAGACUGAAGCUCGCAGGGCCGGAAUCUUUCCCCUCUGCAUGGAUCUGCAAUGAGGCAAGGUGCGUAAAGCAGCCGAUCAAUCAAUUGGUAGCUUCGACUGAGGACCCAGAAUAUCCCGAAUGAAUUCUUGACGGCCCAGAACCCGAGAAUAUUGAUGAAAAGGAAGAAAGUGGAUGAACGGACGGUUUUUCGCCCUUGGACCAUCUCUGCGGUGAGACAUUCAACUUCAAGUCGCUCCAUAUUCUGAGGCGGACAUUACGACGAUAUCGAAGUGGGUGAUCAUCCAGCCAGGAGGAGCGGAGCAUAGAUCUGGGAAAGAGCCUCGAUGGUCCUUGUGAGAGCGAGCUCAGGGAGUCCAUCGGCAAUCUAGAGCCCGAGUGCGUAUGGAGCAAGUCACGGGGUUGUUGGAUGGAUCAAUGGAUUGAUUCACCACAUAGUUCUCUGUGCAGAACAGCGGGGCACUGUACCCACACACACUAGCCUACAGUAUAUGUUCCAGACAAUCACCUACAGUGCAAUCAAAUAUAGUAGGUUUACAGUAUGGCAAUUGUCU